AUGGCCCAGUCGAACUCUACCAAGAAUGAGAACCAUGAAAGACACGGAUUGUUUAUCCUCCACCCUAAUUCCGAUGAACUAUACGACGAAAGUAAAUACUUGGUCGAUAUUGUCGCAAUCCAUGGUCUUGGUGGCCACCCAUUAAAAACAUGGACGGAAAAGGAAGAUCGGCAUCUUUGGCUGCGAGAUUCGUUACCAAUUCAUGUCCCCGAAGAGCGAAUCAUGAGUUUUGGAUAUGAUUCAGUUGUACUUUUCGGAAAGUCUCGUUCCCAGAUCUGCGAUUACGCCCUCGAUAUAGCUAAUCGGCUGGAGAUAUUUCGCCAAAGCUCACAAGAACGUUGCCGACCUCUACUCUUUAUCUGCCAUAGCCUCGGCGGCGUCGUAUUCAAGGAGUUCCUCGUCCAGAUCACACUGAACAAGGAUCUCGAGCAUCUAUCUCAGAGUGUUGCCGGUGUUGUAUUUCUCGGCUGUCCUCACAGAGGCUCUCGAGUUGCAUCCCAUGCACGUCUGCUGUCAAAACUUAUCAAUAACGCAACGCUUGGUACCGGUGCAAGAUCUGAUCUGUUGAAGACUCUUCAGAUAUCCUCUGCCGAGCUGGAAGCGGUUUCUCAGCACGCAAGAUAUCCUUUGAAGUCUAUUGUCAUCGUGUCCUUUUACGAACAACUACCAACGGGACGAAGCAUGGUGGUAGAACCAUUCUCAGCAAUUCUGGGCCUUCCCAACGAGCGUGCUGUUCCAGUCACUGCCAAUCAUCGAGGCCUUGCUCAAGUUUCGCCAAAAAAGCCUCAUCAGUAUCUUCCAAUCUGGUCUUCUAUAAAGCAACUUGCGGAAGGAUGCUUGACCUCGAUAGAAGCUGACAAUCGAGAACUUCUUGACGCUCUGUUCUGCCUUGAUCCUAAAGCUGCGCAAAUGAGGCCUCGCCAAUCGCAGAAUGGCACUUGCGAAUGGAUAUUCAGCCAUCCCAAGUACGUGAAAUGGCUAGAGUCUACUGAGACGCCAUUACUUCUGCUCACUGGUUUCGCGGGAUCUGGAAAGAGUGUUCUCACAAGAUGCGUGGCAGAGCAUAUUCAAUCUUGCGAGUCGAACAAAGACUCGGAUUCCGGUUACCUUGUUGUCAGUCUCUUUUGCUCAUAUAUGGAUACUGUCUUGAAUACCGAGGAGACAGUACUCCGCACUCUGUUGCACCAACUCAUUCAGCUCAAUCCACGUUGCGGUAUACUUGUACGUAACCGAGUAGAAAGUCGCAAACUAGGGGGAACAGUUUUCGAUAUGUCAACCACAAAGAUGUGGGAAGCUUUGCAACAGGUUCUUUCCAUACAAACUAUGAGUCGUGUCAUUAUUAUCAUUGACGCCAUCGAAGAGCUUGGUGCUACUGUUGCCACUGCUGUUCUUGCUGGCCUGUCCGGAAUUGCUACCAACCUUCACAGGCAACACAUUGCACUGAAAGCGUUCAUCUCAAGUCGCCCAAGUACUGAAUUAAGUAGCCAUGAGCUCAAAGGAAUUGAAAUGUUGCAUCUUGGCGAUGUUGAUAUGAGGAGGGACAUUGAGAUAUAUCUUCAAAGCUCCAUUGAUGACUUCAAAACUGAGAACGAGAGUUUCAACGCCUCUAUCACACCAGAUCUACAACAGAUAAUUGUUGCCUCCAUUUCAACUACUGCAGCUGGCAUGUUCCUCGUGGCUGUGCUCACAUGGGAAGACUUCCACACAGGUCUAUUUUGGAAUGAAACUACGAUAAUAGAGAGAUUAGACGAUGUCCUUUCAGCGGGUACCAGCAUGGUAACAUUCUACGAUAAGUUGAUCGAAAGGAUCGACAAUUCUGUUCUUGAAGAUGUAUUACAGAUGUUCGCUAUCUUGGCCGCAGCUGCGCGUCCCAUGACCGAAGUUGAGAUUGGGACAAUCCUGGGCAUCUGCCGAUCGAGAGGGCCUAUAGAGCGGUCUACCGAUUUCGAGCCUUACCAAAAUUUGAAUGCAGUGAUAGAAAGAGAGGUUCCACAUCUGAUAUCUUUUCAAGAUGAUGGCACAAUGGCUCUUAUUCAUUUAUCACUCAAAGACUACCUAGAGAGCCGGAGUGACUUCGAGGAUAUCAUCGAGAUGGGACGUCAAACCAUCACCAAGGCUUGUCUGAUCUACCUCAAGUUGCAGGAUAUGUUGGAAAGUGCUUCGAUUGAAACAGAUCAUAACGAACUUACCGAAAAGUACCCCUUUCUUGAUUACGCCAGUAGCCACUUUCUAUGGCAUAUCGAAGGAUUUGCAAGACACGACCCCAUGUGGCUACUAUUCUCUGAUACAGCUGGGGAAAAGAGCAUAUGGUCUUUGAACUCGCUAUGGCCGGAGGGAAAAUACUACGGAACGACACCUUUACGAUUUGUCCUCAGCAAUAUGCCUGAAGCUGUUGCAUUCUCUCUUGCACGCAGGUUUCAGGGCCAUGGCUAUGACAUGGACGAGACAUGGUCAUCAUGCCCUGGGAGAGCACUUCAAUACUGUUGCAUGAACGCGAACAGUGAAUUUGGAAGUAUAGUAGCCCUUUUGCUUAUUGAUCUGGGAGCAAACCCAAAUCUUCCCAAAGAAUCUUUUCUUUCCAACCUCAGACUUGCCCUUGCGGCAGAAGCUUGGGACUUGUACGAUGAGCUAUUGUGUCACCCAAUGACGGACCUCAGCGCGAGAAACAAGCAAGGCGGUACCAUGCUACAUGAUCAAGUUGAAUGCGGUCCUAUUGAGCGCAUCUCUGAGAUGUUGUUAGGUCGGACACCGCUGACUCUGGCUACUUACUGGGGCCUGAAAUCAAUGGCCUUGGUUCUCAUCGAGCACUCAGAGGCCUUCCCGAUUGCUAAAGGAGUACAUCUCAGCGCCUUGGUUCUUGCAGCAAAACAUGGCGACAAGGACAUAUGCGAGCGACUACUGGCGGCUUGUGGCUACCGGAAUUUGUGCUUCCAUCUUGAUAUGUCAGGCAAAGGAUUUUUACAUCAUGCCGCUAUGAACGAAUGGGGAGAUAUGAUAGAAACUUGCCUGCGCCGGGGUGGGUUGACGCUGAACAUCGAUCAGAUAGAUCACUCUGGCCGUAGCGCGUUACACUAUGCUUCACAAUUAGGCAACUAUAAUAGCUGUCAGGUUCUUAUCCAGGGCGGUGCCAGUCUGACACUGCAGGACCGGUUGGGCAGAACAGCUGUUCAGGCCGCUGCCGACGCUGGUUUCAAGGAAUGUCUCAUCCUACUUCUCGAAAGCGGCCGUGUCGAUCCCAGUCAGCGCGAUAUAGAAGGGCGCAGUUUGGUUCACUGGGUGGCCACUUUAGACUGUGUUGAUGCGAUGGAACUGGUAUCCGAGAUGCCAGGGGCAAAGCUAGACCAGAAAGACCGGCAUGGCAAAACUCCGAUUGACAUUGCCUUCAUAUGCAAGAGCAAGUAUGAGUGUAUGUAUGACACGCCAUUCGUCGAACAUGGGGUCGAAGAUUUUUACAUUGAUUUGUCUUACGAAGCGAAUCUGCUGGAAAGAAACGCGACACGUCAAAAGUUAGCAAAUGAAGAACACAUGCAAGUACAGAUACAGUACCCAUGUCAUCUUUGGGCACUGGUUACCUAUGUUUCCGAGGAGACUGAGACAAAGACAAAGGACUCCGAGAAGCCAAAUAAGAAGAAAGACACAAAAGAAAAGACUUCUAAAGGAAUAUCUUCCAAGGAGAAGUCUUCAAAGGAGAAGCCAUCGAAGGAGAAAGCAUCAAAGUCUGUUAAGAAAUAG